AUGGAGCAAGCAGAAUCUACUUGUUUCGACCCGUUAGAAUUAGACACUACUUCCGUAGCUGAUGUGUUUUUAGAAGCAUCAUCUGCAUUUGAGGUACCCAAAGUGGUAACUGUGAAUAAAGUAUCCAGUACUUCAAUGUUAUACAUUCCGGUUCGUCUAGGAGAGCUGGAAGUGAAAGCAGUAGUGGACACUGCUGCCGAAGUUAACCUGACAGAUUCCUACCACCGGUUGCCAGCUGGUAUGCCCUUCGGAACGGCAGAAGAAGUGACCCUCGUGGAACCUAAUAUUGUAGAUGGACAGAACUUUGAAGAAACAGAUAUUUCCGUAAAGCAAACUUCGGUUAUGGACUCGCCUAGUAUCGUCCCAUCUCAUUUGACUGACCUGAGAGACAGGUCGAGUGAAUCUCUCUCUGCAGAGCAGAUUUUUGAUUUAGAUCAUCUAUUAUCAGAAUAUCAGAACGUCUUUGCUAGGGAUGAUUUCGAUUUGGGAAAUUUCAGAGCAGUUACCCACAAGAUAGACACUGGAACGGCAAAUCCCAUCAAGCAGAAAAUGAGGCGGACACCUAUCAAUUUCGCCCAAGAGGAGAAGGCGCAUCUAGACAAGAUGCUGAAGGCAGGAGUCAUCAAGCCAUCAAUUUCUGAAUGGGCGUCACCCCCAGUUCUGAUCAGGAAGCGUGACGGAUCAGUGCGUUGGUGCAUAGACUAUCGCGCCUUGAAUUAUGUGACUAGGAAGGAUGUAUAUCCAUUACCUAGAAUUGAGGAAUGCUUGGACACAUUAGCCGGAAACAUAUGGUUUUCGAAAUUGGAUGCGAACGCUGCCUAUUGGCAGAUACACGUCGAUCAACCUGAUCAGGAAAAGACUGCCUUUAUUUCAAAAUAUGGGUUGUACGAAUUCGAGCGAAUGGGAUUCGGACUAUGUAAUGCCCCCGCGACGUUUUCAAGGGCAAUGAAUCUCAUUUUGCGCGGGCUCACUUGGGAGAUCGCUCUCGCAUUCUUAGACGACGUCCUGGUUCUUGGAAAGAGUUUUGAAGAACACUUAAAAAAUCUUCGGAUAGUGCUGAACCGAUUUCAACAGUUUGAACUGAAAUUGAAGCCAAACAAGUGUGCUUUGCUCCAAACAAAGGUCGAGUUUCUCGGAAGAGACGUUAAUAACACUGGAAUUCAUCUAAGAGCGGAAACUGUCCAGGCUGUUCAAUCAUGGCCGGUGCCAAAGAACACCCGGGAAGUUGAGCGUUUUUUGGGACUCGUAAACUACCACAGGGUUUUCUUGAAAAACUACGCAAAGGUAGCUGCCCCUUUAUACGCACUAACAGGAAAACAACCAUUCAAGUGGGAGGAAGCGCACCAAUGUGCUUUCGAAUCAAUCAAGCACAUGCUUAUUACAGCUCCGGUACUUACUCUUCCUAACUCCACAGAUGGAUUUGUGCUAGACACGGAUGCCUCCGAUAUUGCCCUUGGAGCAGAACUUCUACAAAUCCAAAAUGGUGAGGAAAAAGUGAUAUCGUAUGGAAGUUGUGUGCUCGCCAAGGAACAACGAAGAUACUGUGUGACAAGAAAAGAGUUACUAGCGGUCGUUUUGUUUACCCGAUUCUAUCGCCACUAUUUACUAGGAAAACCAUUUCUUGUCCGAACGGACCAUAGCAGCUUACGAUGGCUAUUGAACUUCAAGAGACCAAAGGGUCAGAUUGCUCGCUGGAUCGAAGAAUUAAGCCAAUACGACUUUCACAUAGAGCAUCGAAAAGGGAACAAACAUGUUAAUGCAGAUGCGUUAUCCAGAAUCCCUCAACCACCCUCCUCCUGUAGCUGUUAUCAACUAGGCAGUAAGCUGAAAGACCUGCCGUGUGGUGGAUGUCAUCAUUGUGAGCGUGUGCACAAGCGGUGGGCAUACUUCGUUGAGGAAGUGGAUGACGCAGUGCCGUUAAGCAAACGCUCCCCAGUCUGCGAAGUAAGUAUGACGGUACCAGGUACAAGUGAUUCUCCGCCCAGCAUUUCUCCCCAGGUUGAGGAAAUCGGUGAGCUACGAGAAAUUACAAUUUUACGGUGUAGCAUUCCCACCGUGAAUGCCAUUUCCCUUUCAGACAUCAGCGAUGAAAACUUCAGGGAAGCGCAAGAGAAAGAGACCUAUUUCGGACCCAUACGAGCCUGGCUUGAGUCUCAAACGGUUCCGUCCCAAGCUGAAAUCAUGCUUUGGGGUGCAGAGCAAAAGUUCUUAUGGAUCAAUCGAGAUCUUCUCAUUCUUAAAGAUGGACUACUGUAUUGGAAGAAGGAUGAACAGCUGUUCGUUGUUGUGCCCCGUGCGCCAAGAAAACAGAUUAUGCAAGUUAACCAUGAUCUCCCUUCUUCAGCACAUCCUGGUUGUGACCGAACCUUUGCGAAGGUACGCCAGAAGUAUUUCUGGUAUCACAUGAAAGACAACAUACAAUUGUAUGUCAUGGCCUGCCCUCUUUGUAAUAGGAACAAGAGGCCGGAUCGUCAUCAGCGUUUUCCCCUUACCCGGUAUCAUGCCGGUUUCCCAAUGGAAAGGGUGCAUCUAGAUUUUCUAGGCCCCUUGCCUAAAACUACUAAUGGGAAUGAGUAUAUUCUGAUGAUCGUUGAUCAAUUUACUAAAUGGAUAGAAGUCAUUCCCCUACCCUCCCAGUCUGCUGAAGUGACAGCACGGGCAGUAGUAAAUGAAUUUUUCAGCAGGUUCGGUUAUCCUUAUCAAAUCCAUACCGAUCAAGGCCGAAACUUUGAAAGUGCCCUGUUUCAUCAGCUAUGUCAGUUGCUGCAUAUUCAAAAGACACGUACCACGGCAUAUCGACCUUCUGCCAAUGGGCAGGUCGAACGUUACAAUCGUACAUUGAUGGCAGCAGUUCGCUGUUACGUUGACAAGACCCAGACACAGUGGGAUAAGUAUCUUCCCCAGAUCGCCGGAGCGAUUAGAGCGACCGUUAACCGCAGCACAGGAUUCACACCUAAUAAGCUCAUGUUGGGACGUGAAGUGAAUCAGCCCACUGAUUUAGUAUUUCCCCUUCCCUCCAGCCAGGAACGUAAACUCCCCAGCGAGUUUUGGUCACAAUUAAAUGCUGAUGUUUAUUGCAUCUGCAGGAAGCCAGACGACGGAAAAUUGAUGAUACAAUGUGAUCGCUGUGGAGAUUGGUUCCAUGGAGCAUGUGUAAAUAUCUCACCUGCGGAUGCCAUAGCCAUCCGAACGUAUGUGUGUCCCCUGUGCCAUGUGCCUAGGGGAACCCCUUGUUACUAA